GUGGGGGUGCGCCGCACAGCUCCCGUCGCCGUCGCGGCUUCCGGUGCUAGGUGGAGGAAAGGAAGGAGGGAGCCAGGGAGCGGGGCCAGGGGAGCAGUGGUGCCGAAAUCGGCUUGGGGGAGUCGAAGGGAGCGGAACCAGUGCCGAGCGGAACCUGCGGGGGCGGAGGCGGCGGCCGCAGCGGCGGAGCUGGGAGCAGGAACAGGUGGUGACCAGCUUUGCUGCCAUUUUGUCUUGAGCUUCUUGGGCCUGAAGAGGAGGAGGUGGUGCCAGAUCAGAAGUCCCCUCGGAGGUGUCUUACGACGCAAGCCUGAGUCAGCCACAGGAGUCAGGAUCAAGUUCUCCAUACCAGGGGCCAGGCCAAAACCAGACUGCCACUGCCCCCACUUGAGCCCGCCUGUCCUCAGAAAGUGGUUGCUGUGAUCAUGGGUAAUAUCUUUGGAAACCUUCUCAAGAGCCUGAUUGGGAAGAAGGAGAUGCGUAUCCUGAUGGUGGGCCUGGAUGCCGCAGGAAAGACCACCAUCCUGUAUAAGCUGAAACUGGGGGAGAUCGUCACUACCAUCCCCACCAUCGGGUUCAACGUGGAAACAGUGGAGUACAAGAAUAUCAGCUUCACAGUUUGGGAUGUGGGUGGCCAGGACAAGAUUCGGCCUCUCUGGAGACACUACUUCCAGAACACCCAAGGGUUGAUAUUUGUGGUCGACAGCAAUGAUCGGGAGCGAGUAAAUGAGGCCCGGGAGGAACUGAUGAGGAUGCUGGCAGAGGAUGAACUCCGGGAUGCAGUGCUCCUUGUCUUUGCAAAUAAACAGGAUUUGCCUAAUGCUAUGAACGCUGCCGAGAUCACAGACAAGUUGGGCCUGCAUUCCCUGCGUCACCGCAACUGGUACAUUCAGGCCACCUGUGCCACCAGCGGGGACGGGCUGUACGAAGGCCUGGACUGGCUGGCCAAUCAGCUCAAAAACAAGAAGUGAGAGCCAGGCAGCCCUAUUCGACCACCCCACCCACCCCUGACACACCUACUGUCUCCCUACCCCAGUCCUGCCCCUUCCUUCCCGUUGCCAGUGUGGCCAGGGCCCUGGGUAUCAUGUCCGCAUGCCCAACAAGAGCCUUGCCUCCCCUGCCUCCCCUCCUCUUCCCUGUCCAUGACCAGUCCCCGGUUGUUGUCCUGAUGAUGAAUCAUUCCAAUUUAUCGGAUUUAAAACAAAAACAAGGUUGUUAUGGUUUCAUGGGGUGGCCCCCCUCAUCCUUGGGUUUGGGAGGUGGGGUGGGGUAUUCUCUUCGUUCGCUUCGUUUGGCUCUGGUUGCUGUGCUCUUGGCAUCUGAGUCCCUUCCCUUUCCCCACAGGUCCUUCUCCUAUUCCCCGUCUUCCUUUCCUUUGCCACCCUCUCCCCGUUCUACAUGGAAAUUGCACGGGCCUCUCUGUGUGUGCGUGCAUGUGUGCGCGUGUAUAUACAUGUAUAGAGAGAUAUAUAUGCAGGGGCCGGGGGAAGGGUGGAGGGGUGGAGUGCAGCUCGAGGCUGGGAGCCAGGACACUGCCCGCCCUAGCCUAUCAUCUGCCUCUCCCAUGUUGAUGAGAUAAAGGGAAAAAGGUAGAGGGAAGGCUGUCCCACUUGCAGUGGUUCCUCUCUUCUCUGCAGGUGGGUUUUUCUGGAUGAUAGGAUGGAUGGUGGAUUUUCCACCACCAUCUUCCUGUGUACCUCUCUCUCCUGCUUAGGGCAGGGGGGUGGUGUUUAUCUCUAGAUGACUGUUCCCAAGGAGAUACCAUUCUGCCCUGCCUUGUUAGUGGGGAGAAGAGAGGAGCCCACUCACUCUUACCAGCCCAGUGUUCAACUGGUCCUCCUCCUCAUCCUUAGAUCUGUUCCUCAGGAGCUUGUGGGGAAGAUAGGGAGAGCAAGACCAUGGGGGUGUGUUUGGGACCAAGGGCACUGGGGGGGUGGGCCUCAGGUUUUUCAUCUUCAUACUUUUGUGUUGUUACGAGGUGAGGCAUGGAUCAGUCCUGUUCCUGCCUUCCCAUGUGCCCCCCCCCCUUCCUUAUCUUCUGAUCUUGGGGAUCGGGUGGUUCAUCUAUCCUUUGUCAGAAGUUUCCUCACUUUAGUAGUCCUGCUGGCCUGACCAGGGCUGGCUGGGUGGUUUAAUGGGAAGCAAGGGAGUGGGGGUGACAUAGCAGACCUCAGUUUCAAUUCCCCUUCUCUCCACUUCACUCUUUUUUUAGUCCAGGAUGUGCUGAAGGCUGAAAAUUUUCUAUUCUGUUUCUAGACCCUCAGGCUAUCCUGCUGUCCCUCCUGACUCCCAUCCCAACAGUUUUUCCCUGCCCAUUUCACCCACUUCCCAUAAAUCAAUUUGAGGGUCGGAGUGGAGGAAACAGAACUCUGAAGUAGUUGUUGGUGCUGGUGGGAUGCAGUGGUCUUCAGAGUCCUCCCACCAUAAUUAUGUAGUUGUUCAGAAGCUGCUGCUGCUACUGCGUCUCUCUGUGUACAGGGGGCGCUUGUCCCUGACGUCCUGGCCUGGGUCCUGACUUUGCGGUUUCUGUGAAGCCGUGGCUUUUCUGUGGGCUCCUGUGUGUGCUGGCUGCGCCCUGAGCUCCUGAACAGCCACCCAUAAUCUUUCUGCUAAGGUCAGGGCCCAGGCCCCCUGACAAGCAUGGCUGAGGGACCCCUUCCCAGAAGGAGUGUCCCAAGCCCCACCCCAUGGGGCCAGGCUUCCUGCCACCUUUGUCUACAACAGGCAGAUCAGUAUCCCCACCCUGACCCAGGUUGAACUGUGAAAGAGAGGUUCCAGGGGUGUCUCCCUCAGUGCCAGUUCCUUAGUGAUGUACUAUUUACCCAAGAUGCAGUGGGUGUGGUGUGUGCAGGUCUCUUGAUCUCUAGGCCUGUGUGUGUGCGUGUGUGUGUGUGUGUGUGUGUGUGUGUGUGUGUGUGUUUGGUGGCGGGGUGAGGGGAGAGGGGUGCUGGAGCUUCUAUUUCAUUUUAAUGUAUAUUCACUCCCAUGAACCCCAUGGAUGCUUCUCUCCACCCCUUUUCUUUGCUUCUGCCUCAGUUUCCUCAUGUUUUUGCUCCUGCUCCUGUUUCCUCUCCCUUCCUGAACUCUUUCCUUGGCCUUCUCAACUCAUUCACUGCUGUUGCCUGCUGUCGUCUCCCCUUUCCUUGUUUCAUUCCUACUUAGGAUUCCCCACUCUUGAUCUUUGCGGUAGGUGAGAAUUUUGCCUCUUCUCCUGCCUCCCAGUCUGACUCUCCCUAGUUAGAUGUCAGUCCCAAAUAGGUUUUUCUCAUUUUAGGCCCACCCCUACCUUGCUUUGGGGAGCUCCAGAGACCAGCGGGCCUGAGCGUUAGGAAGCAGCCUUGGAGGUUGCCUUGGUGCUGCUCAAGGAUGUAUCCAGCAGGGGGCAGUAAGUGAUCUUGGUAGUGUCCCUGGCUGCCAGGCCCUUGGCAGGGGUGGUCUCUUCAACAUUCCCAUUCACCUAAAAGCUCUUUUUGGAUUGGGUUUUUCAUUCCAUUUUUGCUUGCUCCCUUCCACACUCUUCUCUGGGAGAUUUAAUUUUAUGCUUUCCUUUGUUACAGCCUCUUCCCCCCUGGAGAAUUCCCCUCCCCCCCAAAGUUUGUUUUGUGGUGUUAUGGUGGUAACUGCAGUUCUGAACUGGUUUUUCUCUUCUUUUUUCCUCCUCUGGAAUGUAGACUGUAUAUGUUUAAUAACUCACCUUCUCUCUCCUUGCUCAAAAUGUGGGAUACGCGAUGACUGUGACCCUGGUUGGAAAUUAAACUUGUUUUAUGCA